GACCGCUCCUCUCGAUCUCUGAUCUCCCUGUCUUCUGUCUACGCUUCGUCGCCGGCCGAUUUCUCCCAGACUCGUCUUACCGCCUCCGGUCGAAACCCUAGGUGAGGGUAACGAGCUUGGAUUGGUUUAUUGUUUUUGUUCUGGGGGAAAUUUAUUUGGCAAAUUCACCUAAAAUGUUGUUUCUGAUGAAAUCAGAUUCCCGGAGGACGAAAUUCGUUUUUUCGCCGGAACUAAAUUAAGGAGAUUUGAGAGGCUAUGGGUACAACAACGACAACAAGCGCUGUGUAUAUCCAUGUUAUCGAGGAUGUCGUCAACAAAGUUCGUGAGGAGUUCAUUAACAACGGAGGUCCUGGCGAGAGUGUUCUCAGCGAGCUUCAAGGAAUUUGGGAGACGAAGAUGAUGCAAGCCGGAGUCUUGAAUGGACCAAUAGAGAGGUCAUCGGCUCAGAAGCCAACACCUGGUGGUCCACUGACUCAUGAUUUGAAUGUUCCUUAUGAAGGUACAGAGGAGUACGAGACUCCCACUGCUGAAAUGCUCUUCCCUCCUACACCAUUGCAGACUCCCCUUCCAACGCCGCUUCCCGGUACUGCUGAUAACUCAUCCAUGUAUAACAUCCCUACCGGCUCAAGUGAUUAUCCCACUCCUGGAACUGAGAAUGGAGUCAACAUUGAUGUUAAAGCAAGACCUAGUCCUUAUAUGCCACCGCCUUCUCCGUGGACAAAUCCUAGACUUGAUGUCAAUGUUGCUUAUGUGGAUGGCCGUGAUGAGCCUGAGAGAGGAAACUCUAACCAGCAGUUUACGCAGGAUUUAUUUGUGCCAUCCUCUGGGAAACGAAAACGUGAUGAUUCUUCUGGACAUUAUCAAAAUGGUGGAUCUAUACCUCAACAGGAUGGUGCAGGCGAUGCUAUCCCUGAGGCAAACUUUGAGUGUGAUGCAUUCCGCAUAACCUCUAUUGGCGAUAGAAAGGUACCACGAGACUUCUUCAGCUCAUCAUCGAAGAUUCCUCAGGUUGAUGGGCCAAUGCCUGACCCUUAUGAUGAAAUGCUCUCUACACCAAAUAUAUAUAGUUAUCAAGGACCCAGUGAAGAGUUUAACGAGGCCAGAACUCCUGCUCCAAACGAGAUCCAAACGAGCACUCCUGUUGCUGUACAAAACGAUAUCAUUGAAGAUGAUGAAGAGCUGUUGAACGAAGAUGAUGAUGAUGACGAGUUGGACGACCUAGAAAGUGGCGAGGAUAUGAACACACAACACCUGGUUUUAGCUCAAUUUGACAAGGUGACGCGCACAAAGAGCAGGUGGAAGUGCAGUCUGAAAGACGGGAUCAUGCAUAUAAACGAUAAGGACAUUCUCUUCAACAAAGCAGCAGGCGAGUUUGACUUCUGAUCUUAACACUAGCAAUGAUGCUUCUAGGAAAGUCCUUCAAAUGUCCAGUGUCUUUCUUUUUACCUUAUGAUUUAAGACCGACCGAGAGAGACAUGAGUAUUCAUGGGAAAGUGUACUCUGGUUGGCUUGUUGUACAAAAAGAAAAGUUUUUUCUGUCGAAGAAGGCGUAUCAACUUUCACCUUGUUUCAUGAACUCUUAUUGUCUUUCACGCAAUGGAAAAUUAACUUCCCAAAAACUGGAUCUUGCUUACAGUUGUAUCUAGCUAAUAUCUUAUAACAGCAUCUUGAGAAAAUGGGUUAACAAGAAAACUAUUGAAAAACAUCAAGAGACCAUGGGUUAAUGCUAAAACCCUCACUGUGGAUGAUCUACAAGCAGGAACUUGGUCUGAAACAUAUUUAAGAGACUCAUCUGGUCACUGUGGUCGCCCUUAGCCGAAUGUUGCCACUCUAUUUUGUGGUCCAUCGAAGGCUGAGAUCCUUUCUUUUCAGUAAGACUCACCGGAAACGUAAAAUCGUGCCCUUCUCUAGUGGGAGAAGCUUGCGAGUUUGGAUUUACUUGCCCUUCUCUAGGAAGAGAAGAGUGCGAAUUUGGAGACACAAAGAGAGGUGAAAGCAGAGGAAUAGGUGCACCUGCAACCUCAUCACCAGACUGCUGCAGAAAGGGAUUCUCGGGAACACGACCA